CGCACGCCGAUCCGAGCUUCGUCGUCUCUCGCGGUCAGCAGCGUCGUCGGCAUAGUGAAUUUCUCUCCCUCACCACCACAAAGCAGGUCUUUGCCCAACAUACAUCCCAGUCACUCCUUCUCCCCUAAUAGCCCAGCCCCUUCGCCACCAUAGUCUUCCUACCCAGCAUGUCGUGGAAGCUCGGCAAGUCCAAGUCCAAGCCCUCCGCGGCCAGCGCGCUCAACCCCAACGGCGGCGACUCGAAUUCGGGCUCGCCGCGCGCGACGACGCCGACGCAGUCCAACCCGUCCGGCUCGCGCAUCUCCGGCGGCACCCUCACCAUCUCCGUGUCGGGCGCUCAGGGGCUCUCCCUGCCCGCGGGCACGCCGAUCCCGCCCGCCGUCCAAGCCGCGCAGGCGAGCCAGCAGGCGAAGGCCGCCGAGAGUGUCAGCCCGAGCAGCGUCAGGGAGGAGCGGCUGCGGGAACGGGAGACGAAGAAGCGCGAUAGCGUGCAGAGGAUGCAGUGCUGGUGGCUGCCGUACCUCGUCCUUGAAUUCGAGGUCAACCAGAUCUUGAUCACGCCGCUCGGAGGGGUCAUGGAGAGCCCUGUAUACAUGUACCAAGCUCAUUUCGACGUGUCACAUAACUCUGAGAUCUCAUUACAAUGCUACCUCCGCACAGAAGAGCCCAAACGCGGCGGGGAUGGCGUUGCCGACGAUAUGGGUAACGAUAUUUUAAUGGGAGGUGUCAAGUUCACACCCGAUUUCGACAACCUCGUCCCCGGCAGGGAGGAGUGGUACGAGCUCAGCAACGGUGCAGGAAAGAUCCAGAUCGCCGUCUCAUACAAGCCCAGCAGCCAGGGACAAUCUCUGACAAUCCAAGACUUUGAGCUCAUCACCGUGAUCGGAAAGGGCUCUUUUGGCAAGGUGAUGCAAGUCAGGAAGCGCGAUACACAGCGAAUCUAUGCACUCAAGACGAUCCGGAAGGCGCAUAUUGUAGAUCGGAAGGAGAUCACGCACACCCUUGCCGAGCGGAUGGUCCUAGCCCGGGUCAGAUGUCCAUUCAUCGUGCCACUGAAGUUCAGCUUCCAAAGCGAACAGAAAUUAUACUUGGUCCUGGCUUUCGUCAACGGCGGUGAACUCUUCCACCACCUCCAGCAGGAAGGCCACUUCUCCGAGGAGCGCUCCCGCUUCUACUCCGCUGAACUGCUGCUUGCGCUCGAGCACCUCCACGAGCUCGACGUCGUGUAUCGCGACCUCAAGCCGGAGAACAUUCUGCUCGACUACACGGGCCACAUCGCGCUCUGCGACUUCGGGCUAUGCAAGCUGAAUAUGAAGGACUCAGACACGACGAACACGUUCUGCGGUACGCCCGAGUACCUGGCGCCGGAGGUGCUGAACGCGCAGGGGUACAACAAGACUAUUGACUGGUGGACGCUCGGGGUUCUGUUGUACGAGAUGUUGGUUGGACUGCCUCCCUUCUAUGAUGAAUCAACCGACAUCAUGUACCAGAAGAUCCUCGAGAACCCGCUGACCUUCCCCGACCACAUCUCGCCGCUCUCGCAGUCGAUCCUGACCGGCCUGCUAACGCGGGACUCGACGAAGCGGCUGGGCGUGAACGGCGCGGAGGAGAUCAAAGGGCACGAUUUCUUCAAGAAGUACAUCGAUUUUGACUUGCUGUGGGCGAAGAAGGUGGUGCCGCCGUUCAAGCCGCGCGUGGCGAGCCCGGUGGACGUGAGCAACUUUGACACGGUGUUCACGGAGGAGGCGCCGAUGGACAGCGUGGUGGAGGGCAGCCAGCUGAGUCAGACGGUGCAGGACCAGUUUGCUGGGUUCUCGUAUGACGGGUCGAAUAUGCCCGUCAGCCCGCUGUAA